AUGGCGCAUCUUCAUGGUCCUCCUUUAGCUCAGCCGCCCGUACUGGCCAAAGUUGCGGAGUGCAGAGCACCUGGAUGGGUGGACUCCAAAAUUACAGCCAGCCGGCAGUGCCAGCGAGAGCAGCAGCACCGGCAUUCUCACCGGGCCAAGUGGACAGGCGCUUUGCUGAGCACAAGUCUGGCGCUGCACUCGAGACGGAGGUGCUUCCAAGACAGGUCCAGAAAACGCCAGCCUUUUCGCGCAUGCAUGGCUGCUGCACAGUAUGGAGAUGAGUUCGUCGGUGACACAGUGGAUAUAGAAUUAGCGGAUUCUUUGCGGCAGAGAACAUUGGAGUCUCUGGACUUAGAUUUCGUGCUUGAGAAGCUGCAGGCGUUAUGUUAUACGGCCAUGGCAGCAGACAUGGCUAUCAAUCCAGAGGCACUGAUGGCGGACUCGGCCGAAGAAGCAAGAGCGCUGUAUGCCACGGUGCUGGAGCUAACUCAACUUGAAGACGCAGAUUUGGAUUUGGAAGAGAAGCUUGACAUCCUUGGCGAGGUGGAAGAGUGCACUCGCGGAGCGGUUCUAGAGAUGCCCUCCCUUUGCAAGAUCUCAAGGUCUAUCGAGGCGUUACUCCGACUUCGCAACGGUUUAGAAGCCGCGAGCGUUCGCGGAGUUCACAUCCCGUCACUGAUGGCCCUGUGUCAAGAAAUUGAGUUGCCAGAUAAGCUGUUGGACGCCAUCCUGGAGGUGUUUGCUCUUGCCACUAAUUUUUUCUGUGAGAUGUCCAUGGAGGCCUUCGACGAAGAACAAGAGUUGUCCUUGAAGAAGUUUCCAGAACUCAUCUUUUGCACGCCACGGCGGAAAAGCAGAUGUUCUUUGAUUCGAGUGCUCGUGCUGCAUUCGAUUAGUUGGCACCGGAGCCUGAUUGUGCAGCGCCUCCCUAUGCCGAUGGUUCCUACGUUCGAUAUGGCAGCAGCUGACCCCCCUGACUUUGGAAUGGAGGAAGAGCUGCCCGAGCUGGAACCCGAGGAGGGCGCUACUGCCGAUCCAGGACCUACGCUGCCGCCGGGGCUCGGGGAGUUGCUGAGGUGUGUCGACUGUGACGGCAACGACUUCCUCCCCGACUACCUCGGCCGACCUCGAUGCCGGACUUGUGGUUCGUUUGUACAGUACCGGGUGGACAGGCCAGACCACGGCCCGGCGACGAUGAUGCAGGUGGACUUCCGCCGGCCCCGCGCCGGAGACGACGGAACCGACGACCACGAGGCGAAUCCUCGGCUACUUCUCGGCGAGCUCGGCGCUACGACCCUUGGGCAGGUUAAGACAGCUGCCCUCGACCAGGACCUUCCCGACGAGAACCUCGAGCAUCCUCAGCACUUGUCGCUGGGGGACAUGCGGGCUGCUUCUUCCCCCCGGAAGAAGGACAGCAGUGGCACACCAUCGUGGAACUCCAGGAUGGGACCGGAAAAGAAUGUCCGGUGGCGCGGGGGAACUCCCCCCUCGCCACCAACGUGGCGAUAUGAUGUGACAGAUUUGCGGGCGUUCUCGAAAUGGUCGAGGAAAGUGCAGAUAUGGGAAAUGCAAAUCAAAACUUAUAUGACUCCGCGCGAGGCCUCGCUCCUCCUCUACAACUCCCUUUCGGGGGAGGCGGAAGCCGAACUCGAACACGCACCCCUGGAGAAGAUCAACUCCGACAGCGGCAUCCAGUAUAUUUUGGAGUCCCUCAAAGCGCCAAUGGAACAAAAAGCUGUGUUUCAGAAACGCAAGUUUCUGUCGGAUUUCGGGCAACUUAGCCGAUAUCCAGGGGAAGGACUCCGGACCUACGCGAACAGAUACCGCCGCGUCGAAAGGUCACUGGAAGCUUUGGGAGUCAGUAUCACCGGCAUGUAUGAUUCCGAGGCCCGGGGAAAUCGCUUGCUCGAGCGUGCCCGCCUUACGCAGGCGGACCAGAGGCUGAUAUUGGUCGGCGCCAGGUACAGCCUCGACUUCGACAACGUGGCCGAAAGCAUGGUGAUGCAGUACCCGGAGUUCAAGGCAGCCCCGCCGGUGGUGAACAAGGACGGGACUUUGGUCAGCAAGCCCUUUCUUCCGCGUGACAAGGGCGGCAAAGGAGGAGGCCGAGCACAUGGAGCAGAUCCCCGAAAACAGCCCGACUUCGUCGACGAUGGCGGCCCCGAUGACCCGGACGCCGCCGACCCCGAGCAGCCGGAGCCGGACGCGAACGACGACCACGACGACGAGGCUGACUACCCCGACCUCUCUGAAGUGGCGGAGGUCUUGACCGGCUCACCUGGCAAGGGCCCACCACAGCAGCAGAGCCGAAAGCCGGCUCACCAGACCUUCUUCAUGCGGGACGCGGGCACCUACGAGGCCACCGACGUCCCCGAGUACGGCGCCCUUUUUCAAGCCAAUGUUGUUUUCAAGGUGCAGGCCAAGCCCGAGAUGUGUGCAGCUUUUUCUCGUGUCAUGGUUUUGGACACGGCUUGCCAGCGCACCUGUUGCGGAGUCGACUGGGAAAGGAGCCACGACCGCCAGCUCAAGAAGCACGGCCUCAGCUCGCACCAGGUUUCCUGCACAGACUCGUUCCAGUUCGGAAGCGGAGAUCCGCUCAAGGCGGCCGGGCGCACCUACCUGCCCGUGGGCCUCGGAGGCACCAACUUGAUUUUCGGAGUUGGCGUCGUGACAGCAAAACUUCCCCUGCUUGGCUCCAAUAAGCUUCUGGACCAGCUUGGCAUGAUCCUUGACUUACCCCGCAACCGCGUCUGCUUUGAGAAGUUGUCUGUCACAGUGCCGUUGCUUAGGAUCGGUGGUCACCUGACAGUCUGCAUCACUGACUUUAGCAACCAUGUCACAUGGCAGCAGCUGCAAGAGACCGUGAACUGGGAAAGCGCUCCCGCCGAGCUUGUGGCCCAAGACGUCGCAGAGACCGGGCCGAAGAGCACACCGCCGUCGCAUGGAUCGUGUGACCUCCCGCGCGCCGCCCCCACCUGGAUGGCUUCGCUGCUGGCGGCGCCUCACGGACAACCUUCUUCACUUCCGGAAGCAGGUCUUCAUGAGCUUGGCGGUGGCGGUGAACCUCGACAUCCUCCCGGCCACGGUGUUCGAGACGAUUCCGCCGGUGCUGGACGUGGCCUUCAACCGCCCCCAGAGCACCUGCGAGCAUCCCGAGUACGUCCGCUACGGCAACUCGUUCGGGAAGUUCGCCCGAUGCAAGAAGUGCCACCGGAGACUCCGAUGGAGCGAGCACCGAGGAGCAUGGGAAGAUCACCCAAAGGCGGGCUUCGCUACAACACUACUUUCUUCGCGAUGCUCUGCCAAUAUCUUAUCGGAGGCGGCGCCGUCGAGCAGCACAGCGUUCCGGCCUACAUCCCGGACUUCCCGCACCGGGGCCACGGCGAAGGCUUCCCCGAAGAAGCGGUCGGCACGCCGAGCUUCGGCGAGCAGCGCCUCCGAGAUGGACGUCGACCCCUGGAAGCUGCUCAACGCCGAGGACUCGGAGACCUACGACUGGACCGAGGCCGCGUGAAGCGGCUCAAGGGCACAUGGGCGAAAUCAGCAAAGGUGCUCGAGAGCGAGAAGGGGAUCUAUGAGGCAGCACCGUCGACUACCACGCGGCCGCCCCCAACGGUGGACUAUUUGGCUGUCUUCCCGGACCACUACCACAUCAGGGACGGCCUCGCCUCAAGACGAAUAUCCUCCUCUUCGACUUUUUCUGCUGGGGUGGCCGACCGUCUUCGCGACGACCCAGAAGGAUGGAGAGGAGCACCACGAGCACUACGGCGGCUUCGGCCACACGUUCUUUGCCUCUCCUACCGCGACUUCUCCCCCGACGGCACCCUCGGCAACAACAUGCACCACCUCCUGGCCGAACAGGUUGACCACGGCAGGGCCUUCAUCGUGAUGACGAGGCCCGGCUCCGGCCUGGGAGCACACUACCAGCAGCUAGCCGACCACUCCUUUGCGACGACUCGGCUGGCCAGAGACACCCCGGUGCACGUGUACACCAACAUUCCCGGGGCCGCGGCGACCCUUGCCAGCACCGACCACCAGGACUACCAGACCGAGCUCCUCGAGCCCCUCCUUGGCACGAUCACGGACUAUGUUGUCGGCAAGGAACCCCUGCGGUUCGGCAUCUACGAGGCCUUCGUCAGGUACCGCACGCCCGUGACCGAGCAGACCGCCUGGAACGAGAUGGCCGACAUGCUGCACCGUUCCUUUGGAACUUCGAGCUCUCGGCCGUUCUACGUGGACCCGGCCGGGGACGUGGGGCAAAAGAUUUCGGAUCUGUUUCGGCUGCGUUUGGCCCGGAUCCAGUGCGUGCAGACACCAACUCAGAGGAGGAUGCCGACCGACGUCCCCUUUACUAGGGCAGCCUUUUUGAUGUAUGCCGACGGCAGCCGCACAGUCGAGGCGGUGAGGUAUGCUAUUUUGGCGUAUGGAGACCUCAUCGAAGAUCAGGCGGAGGCCCCGGAGCAGCAAAGCCCCGAGGUCCCAGUUGCCGGGCUGCCGACCGACAUCACCUUCCCAGGCCUGGCUCCUACUGUGCCUCUUGAGGUGAGACGGGCAAUAGCAAGGGCCCAUGUGAACUUAGGGCACGCGACCCACGAAGAGCUGCUGAGACUUGCGGUGCAAAUCGGCACCCCGAGCGACUUGUUCUUGCAGGCAAUCCGGCGGCUUAAGUGUGCCACUUGUGACCGACUUCGUGGCCCCCAGAAACCCCCGCCGGCUACAGCUACCACAAGAGCAACACAAUUUGGGGACAGGGUCGAGGCGGAUGUUUUCUACUGCCGAGACCUCCGCGGACGCUCAGUGAUUGUGUUGGGUGUCGUGGACGCAGCUACAAGAUUGCACCAGGCGGCCAUUCUUUCUUCGAGGGACCCUGAAGUUGCAUACGAGGCGCUCGAGCGAGUCUGGCUGCGACCCUUUGGCCUCAUGGUGGAGCUUGCCGUCGAUCCGGACGGCGCCUUCCAAGGAGCUUUUGAAGAACGUCUUCGCUCCCACGGCGUCCUCGUGAACUACUGUGCCGCGGACGCACACUGGCAGAUAGGACAGGUGGAAAGACAGAACGCCUUCCUCCGGACGGUGAUCGAGAGGCUGGUGGACACUUUCGCGGCCACCGACGUGACCGAGAUGCAGCUCCUGUUGGCUCCCGCCUUGCACGCCGUCAACUCCAUGGUGCUGACUAGAGGAAGGAGCGCGUACCAAGCAGUUUUCGGCCGCGUUCCUCGUUUGUCCGGAGGCCUCUUUUCCGACAGCCACGCCUUGGCCACGACACCGACCACAGACGCCGCCGCCUCGGCUGAGAUCGUCAGGGCCGAGGCCACCAAGACGAUAGCAGACCUCAAUGUGAAGCAGAGCUUGCGGCGGGCCAUUCUCCGAAAGACCCGCAACGUUCGUGUGGCAGAUCUCCAGCCCGGCCAGCCAUGUGCUUACUGGAGAUGGAGGAAGCGCUGCAUCAAGAAGCGGGGCGGCUGGGUGACGGCCAAGUUUCUGAGUUGGGACCCCAGCUCGCCAGGCAAGCUUGCGUGGGUGAGGUCAGGAACCUCAACUGCCAUGGUCGCCAUUGAGCAGUUGCGGGUGGCAACCGGCUUCGAGGCCUGGGUUCCGACCGAGGAGGAGGUCCAGAUGCUGAAGGACGCUGCCAAGAACCUUGACAGCUCCGUGUGGGCCGACGAGACAGGCCCGCCGCCACCAAAGAGGCAGCUCGACGAGGACGAGGUGGACUUGGACACCGAGCUCUUCGACGGCGCCACCCCAGAGCUUGCAGCAGCAACGGCGGCAAUACCACAGACACCUCCGACCGGACCGAGCUCGUCGAGCCACUUCGACCCCGAGGACACCACGAGGGACCGCAGCCGGAGCUUGGACUUCAGGAACAACAAGCGUUACCACCGGGAACAACAAGCUUUACCGCCAGGACCUUCAGAGCCACCGGUCCCUGUUCCACCGACGCCUUUGGAGAUAGGGAACCUUCACCACUACGUUCCCGGCAGCACCUUUGACGAGGGCUAUGGUCCCAAGACCGAGACCUAUUACGAGGCCUACUUAAGCUCGGCCCACCGCAAGGACGACCUCAAGCGCUCCAACAAGGACCCCGCCGAGACAGACAGCAGUGACUCCGACUGGGACGACAGCGCGCCGGGAAAGCACAACAAGAAGCCGCUCACCAGGGCCGAAGCCAAGGCUUUGGACCGCGAGAUCCCUUGGCGCAAGAUCUUGGAUAUGAACGAGAAGGACAUUGAAGCCUUCAAGGCCGCCACCGUGAAGGAGGCAAAAAGCUGGGAGGAAUGGGGGUCAGUCAAGCCCUUGUCGCACGCCGAGGCGGAGCGCGUGCUCAAGGACAAGAUCCUCUCGAAGCGCAUCCUCAGGACCCGCAGCUGCUUUCGUGACAAGAGCCAGGGACUAGCUGAGCUGGUUCCGAAGUGCCGGGUGGUGGCGUUGGGACACAAGGACCCCGACAUCUUCCGUCUCAACCGAGAGUGCGCUACCCCGAACAGGACCUCAGAGCACAUCUUGUUUUGUGUGAUGGUGGCGGGCCACAACAAGGAGUUCGACGACAGCGGCCUCAGCUGGACAGCCUGGAGCGGCGACGCGAGCACCGCCUUCCUGCAGGGCGACAUCAAGGACUCGGAGCGGGACCAGCCGCUCUACCUGCUGCCUCCCACCGACGGCAUCACGGCCAUGACGGACUGCUGGAAGGCCCGGCUCUACUUGGUGUGUACCAACAUCUACGGGCUCAGCAACGCGCCCAGAUUGUGGGCACUUACGGUGAUUGCCCGGCUCAAAGAGAUUGGCUACCGGCAGCACGCCUUCGAUAAGAUGGUUUUCCUUAAGAACCGCGAGGGGCAGCUGGACUACGACAACACCGAGGUCACUCAGGCCUUUCGCUGGGGCGUCCUCCAGGAGUUCGCCCUCAACAAGACCGUCACCUUCAAGGGAAAGCAGCUCACCCUGAAGGAGAAGCCAGGAGUUCAUCGAGGGCAUGUCCCCCGGAAAGAUUCCACGUGGGAGCGACCUCUCGACCAGCUCCUCAACGACGACCAGAAGGCAGAGUUCCGAAGCAUAGCCGGCUGCCUUCAGUGGAUCAGUGGCCAGACAAGACCGGAGCUGGCUGCAGUGAAUAGCUUGGCGAACCACGGCUCCAAAACAACCCUGGCCGACCUUCGCGACCUCUACCAGGCCGUGGACUUCGCACGGGAGACCAAGGAGGACGGCUUCAUCAUUCCCGACGUGCCCCUCAACAAGGCCACCGUGGUUUUGGCGUACUCCGACGCCAGCUGGGCCAACGCCGAGCAGAGCAGGUCCCAGUGUGGAGUGCUGAUCGUGCUUUGCAGCACGGCAGUUUUGCAGAGGACCGUCCCGGCCAUGAUCGUGGACUGGAAGUCAUGUCGGUCCCAGAGGGUGUGCCGUUCAACCUUGGCAGCCGAGAGCUGCGCUGCAGACGAAGCCUGCGACCGGAGCUCCUACGUGAACAUGUUCUUGGGAGAGCUCCUCUACGAGGUGCCCGCGCACCGAGUCGGACAACGACUCCACAACCUCGCCGCCACGGAUGCCAAGAGCCUCUAUGAUGUGGUGGUCAGUGAUUCUCCGAACCUGAGUGACAAGCGCUCCCUGGUAAACAUCAGGGCUAUACAGGAAGUAGUAGCCGCAGAGAGAUUCCACUGGGUUCCCGCCACGUUGAUGUGGGCAGACUCGCUCACAAAGCAGUCCCUGGAACUCCAGCUCUCGAUGCACGACUGGUUGCAGAACCCUUCCGCGACUCUUAAGCAGUAG